AUGGGCGUGCCUCGCGCUGGUGUCUUGCCACAAGAUUCUCAGCUCCGCGGUGUGGUAAUGUUCCGAACCGGCGAGCGCUCCAGAGGCCCCCGUAAGGGCAUUCGGAAGAGCCUUACGUUUGUUGUUGCAGAGGGGUUCGACGUCGCCCGGGCUAAAAUCUUUCGACUGUUGACUGGAGCGGAGUUUGGGCCCAAUCCUAGUGCAAUCGAAGACGAGAACGUGUUCUUCAAGGCUACCAAAAAUGCACGGCAGCAGGACUUCAAGAUUCUUUCCGUUAGCAAUUUCGAGGAGCUGUUGAAGCGUCGAUGGGCGUGCAUUACCGACGAUGACAUCGUGGCUCUGGCAUCCAACGAGGAGCAAAUUCAUACGCAGUUUGUGUUUGAAUUUUUCGUCUAUCUCGCCCCGGUGGUAAGGCCUACUGAUGGGAUUCGUCGGACCACGGCGGAUCGAGUUCGUGCCGCGGCAGCGGAGAUCGUGACUUUACAGGCAGAAGGUAGAGAGCGGCUCGGACCAAUCGCCACUCACCAUUUAGCUAUCCACCGCGCCCGCCAACCUGAAGGCACUCCGUUUGCGAUUCCUGAGGACAAUACGAUGCAACAAGCAAGAGCUCUAGAUGCAGCGGUAGCAGCGUUGGAGGAUACUGCUGCCGAACCGGAGGAAGAUGUCAUGGAAAUUGAAGUCGAGCUCUUUGGCACGUGGGUGAAGAUGCGCGUGAAGCACUCGACCCUACGAGAAGCGGUGGGCCUCCCCCAACACGACAUCUUUACCAGAGGGAUUUUCCACGGUUUUCGCCCCGAAGCCAUCAUGCCACAAGGUGAAGACGUCCCGGAUGAAGACCACCAAAUGUCUGAAAACUAA